AGAGGCGCGAGCUCUCGGAACCGCGGCGGGCGGCGCGGCAGCAUGACGCAGUCGGUGGUCCUGCAGGUCGGCCAGUGCGGAAACCAGAUCGGCUGCUGUUUCUGGGACCUGGCGCUGAGGGAGCAUGCUGCGGUCAACCGGAAAGGAAUUUAUGAUGAGGCAAUAAGCAGCUUCUUUAGAAAUGUGGAUACCAGAGCUGUUGGUGAUGAUGGCACCAUUUCCAAGGGGAAAAUUCGUUCUUUAAAAGCACGAGCUGUCUUGAUUGAUAUGGAGGAAGGGGUAGUAAAUGAAAUUCUGCAGGGUCCCUUGAGAGAUGUAUUUGAUAACAAGCAACUCAUCACUGAUAUUUCUGGCUCAGGGAAUAAUUGGGCUGUGGGUCACAAGGUUUUUGGCAGUCUUUAUCAAGAACAGAUUUUAGAGAAACUCAGAAAGUCGGCCGAGCACUGUGAUUGUUUACAGUGUUUUUUUAUAAUACAUUCUAUGGGAGGAGGAACAGGAUCUGGACUUGGAACAUUUCUUUUAAAGAUGCUUGAGGAUGAAUUCCCAGAAGUAUACAGAUUUGUGACUUCAGUUUAUCCCUCUGGUGAGGAUGAUGUCAUAACCUCACCUUAUAAUAGCAUCUUGGCAAUGAAAGAACUUAAUGAGCAUGCAGACUGUGUGUUGCCCAUUGACAACCAAUCUUUAUUUGACAUCGUUAGCAAAAUUGACCUCAUGGUGAAUUCUGGAAAGUUGGGUACAAGUGUGAAGCCAAAGAGUGUGGUUACUUCAAGUGCUGGGGUUUUUAAAAGGCAGCAGGAAAAGCCCUUUGAUGCAAUGAACAACAUUGUGGCAAAUUUGCUGCUCAACCUAACAAGCUCUGCAAGGUUUGAAGGCUCCCUUAAUAUGGACCUUAAUGAAAUCAGCAUGAAUUUAGUUCCUUUUCCUCAACUUCAUUAUCUUGUAUCAAGCCUAACACCUCUGUAUACACUGGCAGAUGUUAACAUUCCUCCUCGAAGGUUAGAUCAGAUGUUCACAGAUGCCUUUAGUAAAGAUUAUCAACUCAUUCGGGCUGACCCCAAACAUAAUCUCUAUCUGGCCUGUGCCCUCAUGGUUCGAGGAAAUGUACAGAUUUCAGAUCUUCGCAGAAAUAUUGAAAGAUUAAAACCUUCUCUACAGUUUGUCUCCUGGAAUCAAGAAGGCUGGAAGACUAGCCUGUGUUCAGUUCCUCCUGUGGGCCACUCUCAUUCACUUUUAGCUUUAGCAAAUAACACGUGUGUGAAGCCUACCUUCAUGGAACUGAGAGAGAGAUUCAUGAAGCUUUACAAGAAAAAGGCUCACCUUCAUCACUAUCUACAAGUUGAAGGAAUGGAGGAAAGCUGUUUUACAGAAGCUGUGUCAUCUUUAUCCGCUCUCAUACAGGAAUACAACCAAUUGGAUGCCACCAAAAGCAUGCCUGUGCAAGGUUUACCUAGACUAAGCAUAGCUGUGUGAAAAGAAAAAAUAUAUAUAAUAUAGAUAAUAUUUAUUUUUCUUAGUUUUCCAUUUUUGGUCACCUUUUUGAUUAGCAUAUUUGUGAUUUAGAAAACUCAGUUUGUAUUUUUCAUAUUAUCAGAAAGUAUUUUUGUCUCAAAGAGUAUUUUCUACUCAAUCACAAUUUGUCCAUGAUAUCAGUAUGUGAAAUUGGUGAAUUAAUAAUACCUCAGUUUCAAACAUUUCUCUCCAGAAAGUCACCUUUUCUGAAAUAAAGAGAACAGAGUUCUUCAGCAUUUUAUUUAUAGUAUAUUUUAGCAUUUACACAAUAAUAAUCAUCUUCAAUAAAAAGCUUGCACAGAUAUAUUUUUCUAUUUAUUUAUAAUUUAUGUUUUCAUAUUCUGUUUAAAUUCUGCUGACUCUUUAAAUACUGGGAGUAGAGGGACCAAUAUAAAUAUUUCCAUGUACUUCCACUAACUUCAGGGAUAGGCAUUAUUACAACUUGUUAAGGAAGUUUAGUUUCAUCUUUGGGUGAUGAUUUAUUUACACUCAAAUCACAAUUUACAUGUAUUUUAACAUGUAUUAAUUUAUUUUUAAAUAUAACACUUUUUAAUCAAACCAGUUGAUUUUAUAAUAAAUUUUCAUAUUUU